AUGUUCAAUCUUGUCACCUCCUCUCCUAUGUUCAUUGGACAGCAGCGUGCCAGCCACUCACCGCCGACAAAUGCUAUAAGCGUCCAACUCCCAACAUGGGCCGACACCAUCGGCUGGGCACAGCGCGAUCCCCGCGUGCUGGAUGCCAUGAAGACGGGAUACCCUCGAUUCUUUAUCCCUCGGUCCGUGAACACACUCUGCGAGAGGUUGCUGGGCAUGCUUGAGCCUGAGCCAACCGAGAACCUGAAGACAAGAAUGGCGCUGGCGUGGGCCAGUUUGAGGCAUGCUUUGUAUUGUGUGCGAUUUCUGCGCAACAACCAUACUGCGUUGGGGCAUGAGUCGGGGGUGGUUAGGCUUUGGAGGGUGUCGUGGACUGGGGGUGGACGGUUAGUCGGAGACGAGAAUAAGGACCUCGAGGCGCUAUGCAACGAUCCAGAACCGUCAGAAGCGAAUUACAUUGGUGAGAAAGACAUCUACCUCAUGACAUUCCCAGAAAAAGAGAUGUUUGCUCUGGGCAAGGCGGCAUGGCAGCACUCUGGUUUUGGCAUCUCCAGUCGGAGAGCUCAGUACUGGCUUGAUCAUGCGCCUUUCCUUACCCAACAGCCGAAGAUGUCGCUCCCUUCAGCAAAAGAGAUCGAUCUCCGAGUCACUCACGCCCGUACCGUGAUCAGACGCCGCAUCGCCGCAGCACACUCAACACCCUCCCUCUCCGUCUCCGAAUACGAUGUCUACCUCUUCCCCACGGGGAUGACAUCCAUCGCCGAAGCCUCUCUUGCAGCGCUUUCCCUAACCUCUAACUCCUCCACCUACAAAGGAGUCGCCAUUUACGGAUUCCCCUACGUAGACACCUACAAACUCCUCUCCGUCUUUUUCUCCCACCCGACAAUCCUUUACAAACCCUCCCCUUCAGACCUUUCCUCCUUACUCGCAACCGCCUCCUCGUCAACACCCUUCCGCAUGAUGGUUACCGAGUUCCCUGGCAACCCUCUACUCCAAUCCCCUCCAUUAAGGGAACUCUAUUCCGCCGCAAGGAAGGCGGGAUUUCCGGUUAUCGUGGAUGACACUGUGGGGACGUCCGCAAACUUGGCAGUGUUAUCGGCAUGCGAUGUGGUAUGCACGAGCCUGACGAAGAUGUUUUCCGGGGGGUGUAAUGUUAUGGGUGGGGCGGUGGUUAUUUCUCAGCAGUCAGCUUUCCAUACUAGGCUCAAAGCCCGAUUGGAAAAGGUGAAAGGGGAAGGGGACAGUGCCUGGUUCUGGCAGGACGUUUUGCAAAUGGAAGAAAAUAGUCGGGACUUUGUGGGAAGAGUGAAGAAAGCUGGGGAGAACGCCGCGAGGAUGGUGAGAUUGUUGAGGAACUAUCAGCGGUCGGAAACGAAUCUGGAGGGGAUUGUCGAGGAGGUGUAUUACCCCUGGGGUUCGGGAACGCAGCACUAUUAUGACGAGUUCCUCAGACCUCUCACGGCGAACGGUACCUUAACCGCCGCAAACUCGGACAGCAAGCUCCCCGACAAGGACGGGGACAGCUCUCGUGACUCCAAAGUCGACACCGAACUCACCAGCAGGAACGGCUACUCUCACGGGUCAAGCUUAAACUCGCUCACCGACUCUACGGAGCACGUCCCCUCAGGCUACGGCUUCCUCCUCUCCUUCCGCCUUUCCACCCCCAUCCUCGCCCGCGCGUUCUACGACGCCCUGUCCGUCGCCAAAGGCCCCAGCUUGGGGACCAACUUUACGCUAUGUUGUGCUUACACCCUGCUGGCACACUAUAAAGAGCUAGAGUGGGCGGCGGGGUAUGGGGUGGUAGAAGAUCUGGUGAGGGUUAGUGUCGGGGUUGAGGAGUGGGAUUGGCUUAAGGAAAGAGUAAGCAGGGCGUUGGAAACAGCGAAGACGAUGGCCGGGAAGGAUGAGGAUGGGGCAAAGAGGGAGUAA